UUGUAAGCAUGCAAAGCAUUAUUGUUCAUACUUUCACAUGCUCGCCUCAUGGGGACUAAAUAAACAUACGAACAAAAAGAAGAAUUACAUGAAAGGUUAACUUGAAUAAAACCUAUGUAUAUAUAAAGUAAUUUACUUGUUAGUCUAGGAUAAACUAUAAUCGAAGCAAAAAAUGAAGUCGUACUCUCUGCUGUUUCUGUUUGCUCUGAUGUGCGUUCACUAUGCAUCUUGUGAAAUAAAAGAGGAAUGCGAAGGAACCAUGGAUCAACUGAGAAUGGAAGUGCAUGAUAUGAUGGAUGAAGGUGCAGCUCCCGAAUGUAUCAAAAAAUGUGGUCUUGAUGCAUUCAGAGAAAAUGAUGAAGACCGAAAGCAAAAAAUGAAAGAACUGAGGGAACAUAUGGAAAACCUAGAUGAAGGACAAAUGAAAGAAGCUCUAAAUUGUAUGGGAGAAAUAAAAGAGGCUGUAAUGAAAAGAAUGGAAGGAGCUGAUGUUGAUAAGGACUGUAUGAAACACAUAUCAAAAGAAUCUCAGGAUAUAUGGGAAUACAUCGUCAGAGAAAGUGAAUGAGAACAAACAUUCCAAUCAACCGUCUGAUGAAAUGUUCGAAAUUAACAAUACCAAAAGUUUUAUAAUGACUUAUGUCCUUUUUAUGAUAAUGUGAAACUGCAAAUGACAGAAUAAAGCAAAUUUUCAUUCA